AUGCAACGUUAUAUGAAUGACACUCCUGCUAAGGAACUUGCCUUCGACAAAGUUCCUUUUUGGGUACAGGUUCACGACAUUCCUUUCAGUUUUCAAACAAGAAAGGUGGCGGAGAAACUUUGUGAAACAGUGGGAGAUAUUCUGAAGUCAGAUGGUGCAACAGAUGAUGAUGGGGGUAGUUUAUUCUGGGUACGAGUGCUGGUGAACAUAACUAGCCCUUUAUGUCGAGGCAGGGUGAUUACUUCACCAAACGGAAGUAAACAUUGGAUUAAAUUCAGAUAUGAGCACUUGCCGAGCAUAUGUUAUUGGUGUGGGAGGUUGGAUCAUGAUGACAGAGAUUGUGAUCUCUAG